AACAAGUCAGAGAAACAUUUCAAAUUCAAAAGAACACAAAAGAAAAUAAAACAGAGAAGCCAUGGCAGCUUCUGUUUAUUCAUUGCUCCUACUCUUCUUUUUCUCAUGUUUACAUCUAUCAAAGUCUCAACCAUUCCUUGGAGUAAACUAUGGCCUUACAGCCGACAACCUUCCACCUCCAUCCGCUAGUGCAAAGCUUCUUCAGUCCACAACUUUCCAAAAAGUCCGUCUUUAUGGUGCCGACCCGGCUGUAAUCAAGGCCCUGGCAAACACGGGGAUCGAGAUUGUUAUCGGGGCAUCGAAUGGCGAUGUACCCGGUUUAGCAUCCGACCCAGGUUUCGCGCGAACCUGGGUUGAAACCAAUGUUCUACCUUAUUACCCGGCGAGCAAGAUUGUUCUUAUAGCUGUGGGGAACGAAGUCACUACAUAUGGAGACGAUACCCUCAUGUCCCAGCUUCUUCCGGCUAUGAAAAAUGUCCAAAGUGCUCUUGAGGCGGCUUCUCUUGGUGGCGGAAAGAUUAAGGUGUCGACAGUACAUGUAAUGUCGGUUUUGGCCGGGUCAGAUCCUCCUUCGACCGCGGUAUUUAAACCGGAACAUGCUGAUAUAUUGAAAGGGUUGUUAGAGUUUAAUAGUGAGACCGGGUCGCCUUUCGCGGUUAACCCGUACCCGUUUUUCGCAUACCAAGAUGACCGGAGACCCGAAACAUUGGCCUAUUGCUUGUUCCAGACCAAUCCUGGCCGUGUCGACCCCAACAGCAACCUCAAGUAUAUGAACAUGUUCGAUGCUCAGGUUGAUGCAGUAUAUUCAGCUUUGAGGUCGAUGGGGUUUAAGGACGUAGAGAUAAUGGUCGCUGAGACUGGGUGGCCGUACAAGGGAGACCCCGAGGAGGGUGGUGCAACAGUUGAGAACGCUAGAGCUUACAAUAAAAACCUCAUUGCUCAUUUGAAAUCGGGGACCGGGACUCCACUGAUGCCGGGGAGAGUGAUCGACACAUACUUGUUCGCAUUGUACGACGAAAAUCUCAAGCCCGGGAAAGGUUCUGAACGUGCCUUUGGUUUGUUUAAACCUGAUCUAACUAUGACUUACGAUAUCGGACUUACUAAGACUACCAACCAAAGUUCCUUGGCUCCACGUCUGCCACCAGCCGCCGCCCCGACAAGGCAAACCUUACCUGCUGCUCCUCCGCAGAUGAUUCUACCUUCACCUGUUACUCCUUCGUACAAAAACUCUGGACAAACUGAUGUUCACAAUUCCACUCCGCGCUCUGCCUCUUUAGCUCACAUAUGUCGUUCUCUUUCUGUUUCGGCAUCGAUGUUGUUUGUCUUUGUUUUGUAUGCAUUGAUCAUAUAGUUGUGUAACCGUGUUCUCAUCGAUCUUCAAGAGUUGAAAUGUUAAAGUUUAUACUAUGCGUCUCUUGCUAGUUUAAGCUAAACUAAUUGAACCAA